AUGUCCACCGUUCUUGUCACUGGUGGCUCAGGCUACGUCGCAUCCCAUCUAAUCUUGAAGCUGCUGCAAGAUGGAUACACCAUCCGAACGACACUUCGAAGCUUAUCCAAAGAGCAGCAAGUCAGAUCAACUUUGCAAAAUGCUGGUGCGGUGCACAUGGACCGCCUGUCGUUUCAUGCUGCAGACUUGACUCAUGAUAAAGGCUGGGAAGAAGCUGUUCAAGGGUGCUCCUAUGUCCACCAUGUUGCAUCACCAUUUCCUGGACAUACACCAAAAGACGAAAAUGAGUUAAUUAUACCGGCAAGAGAGGGAACUCUCCGUGUCUUAAAGGCAGCUCGAGACGCACGCGUUAAAAGAGUGGUAUUUACGUCCUCCUUCGCCACAAUAGGAUACGGAGAUAAGGAUCGGCAAGGCCCAUAUACUGAAAAUGACUGGUCCGUCUUGGAUGGCUUACCAGCAUAUCAUAAAAGCAAGACUCUGGCAGAAAAAGCUGCCUGGGACUUCAUAGAAGCCGAAGGAGGGGGUCUAGAGCUCAGCGUUGUCAAUCCAGUUGGCAUAUUCGGCCCUGUGCUGAGCAAUGAUAUGUCGUCGUCGAUUGAUCUUGUCGUGAAGCUGAUGGAUGGAAGCAUACCGAAAUGCCCUCGGACCUAUUUCAAUAUUGUGGACGUCCGUGACUUGGCCGAUCUGCAUAUUCGGGCUAUGCUCGACCCUGCAGCCAAAGGUGGACGAUUCAUUGCUAGUAGCGACGGGAAACCUUUGGCACUGUUUGAUGUCGCUCGAAUUAUUUCCCAGGGCCGUCCUGAAAAGGCAAGGAAAGUUCCAACGGGGGAAAUGCCUACAUGGAUUGUUCGACUUGCCGCUAUAUUCAGUCCUACUGCCCGUCAGGCGGUGCCAUUUCUUGAUGUCAUCAGGUCGCUUAACAAUGAGAAGCCGAAGAAAGUACUCGGUUGGACACCGAGAGCGGCGCAGGAUACCAUUCUUGAUACAGUGGAUAGCUUGGUUGAGCAUCGCAUUGUAUAG